AACAGCAUGAAGUGCCGUGGAACUGGAAUAGGCGUGUCCUCUCCCUCGACCCUCCCCCCACUUGUCCCUCUGCUCACCCCUCGCUCGUUCCCUCCCUCCGGCGAGGGCCGCCUUUAUAACAACUGCUCAGAGUGCGAGGGCGGGAUAGCUGUCCGAGGGCUCCCCCAGCACUGAGGAGCUCGCCUGCCGCUCUCUUGCGCGCGGGAAGCAGCACCAAGUUCACGGCCAACGCCUAGGCACUAGGUCCAGAAUGGCUACAACAGUCCCUGAUGGUUGCCACAGUGGCCUGAAAUCCAGGUACUACAGACUUUGUGAUAAGGCUGAAGCUUGGGGCAUUGUCCUAGAAACGGUGGCCACAGCUGGGGUUGUGACCUCGGUGGCCUUCAUGCUCGCUCUCCCGAUCCUCGUCUGCAAGGUGCAGGACUCCAACAGGCGAAAAAUGCUGCCUACUCAGUUCCUCUUCCUCCUGGGUGUGUUGGGCAUCUUUGGCCUCACCUUCGCCUUCAUCAUCAGACUGGACGGGAGCACAGGGCCCACACGCUUCUUCCUCUUUGGGAUCCUCUUUUCCAUCUGCUUCUCCUGCCUCCUGGCUCACGCUCUCAAUCUGACCAAGCUCGUCCGGGGGAGGAAGCCCCUCUCCCUGUUGGUGAUUCUGGGUCUGGCCGUGGGCUUCAGCCUAGUCCAGGAUGUCAUCGCUAUCGAAUAUAUUGUCCUGACCAUGAACAGGACCAACGUCAAUGUCUUUUCUGAGCUUUCCGCUCCUCGUCACAAUGAAGACUUUGUCCUCCUGCUCAUCUACGUCCUCUUCUUGAUGGCGCUGACCUUCCUCAUGUCCUCCUUCACCUUCUGUGGUUCCUUCACGGGCUGGAAGAGACAUGGGGCCCACAUCUACCUCACGAUGCUCCUCUCCAUUGCCAUCUGGGUGGCCUGGAUCACCCUGCUCAUGCUUCCGGACUUUGACCACAGGUGGGAUGACACCAUCCUCAGCUCCGCCUUGGCUGCCAAUGGCUGGGUGUUCCUGUUGGCUUAUGUUAGUCCUGAGUUUUGGCUGCUCACAAAGCAACGAAACCCCAUGGAUUAUCCUGUUGAGGAUGCUUUCUGUAAACCUCAACUCAUGAAGAAGAGCUAUGGUGUGGAGAACAGAGCCUACUCUCAAGAGGAAAUCACUCAAGGUUUUGAAGAGACAGGGGACACGCUCUAUGCCCCCUAUUCCACACAUUUUCAGCUGCAGAACCAGCCUCCCCACAAGGAAUUCUCCAUCCCACGGGCCCACGCUUGGCCGAGCCCUUACAAUGACUAUGAAGUAAAGAAAGAGGGCAGCUAACUCUGUCCUGAAGAGUGGGACAAAUGCAGCCGGGUGGCAGAGCCAGCGGGAGCCCAAAGGGAUGUGGGCGAAAUCUUGAGUCUUCGGAGAAAACUGUACAAGACGCUACGGGAGCAGCUUGCCUCCCUCCCAGCCUCAACCACAAUUCUUCCAUGCUGGGGCUGAUGCGGGCUAAUAAGACUCCAGUUCUUAGCGGCGCUGUAGUAUUUUUUUUUUUUUGUCUCAUCCUUAGGAUACUUCUUUUAAGUGGGAGUCUCAGGCACCUCAAGUUUAGACCCUUACUCCUUUUGUUUGUUUUUUGAAACAGGAUCUUGCUCUGUCACCCAGGCUUAAGUGCAGUGGCGCGAUCACAGCCCAGUGCAGCCUUGACCUCCUGUGCUCAAGCAAUCCUCCCAUCUCCGCCUCCCAAAGUGCUGGGACUACAGGCGUGAGCCACAGCUCCCAGCCUAGACCCUUACUCUUGCUGUUACUUUCCAUGGACUAGAAGUCUGGUCAUCUGAGCGCACACUGGCUCACGCAGCUCUAGGGGCCUGCUCCUCUAACAGUGGGCUUUGUGAGGCUCUGUGGCCCAGAGCAGACUUGCACAUCUGAGCAAAAAUAGCAAAAGCCUCUCUCAGCCCACCAGCCUGAAUCUACACUGGAAGCCAGCUUGCUGGCACUCCUGCUCCCCAACCCUUCUCGCCUGGGUAGGAGAGGCUAAAGGUCACCCUAAAUUUACUCAUGUCUCUGGUGCUGCCUCACAUUGGGCCUCAGCAGCUCCCCAGCACCAAUUCACAGGUCACCCCUCUCUUUUUGCACUGUCCCCAAACUUGCUGUCAAUUCCCAUAUCUAAUCUGCCCCUGCGCUCUGCCAGGAAUUCUUUCAGAUCUCACUAGCACAGGCCCAGUUGCUCCUUUGUCAGCAGAAUUUGCAGAUCAUUCUUACUUUAAAUUCCUGGGGCUGAUACUUCUCUCAUCUUGCACCCCAGCCUCUGUAAAUAGAUUUACUGCAUUCACAGCUGCAUUCUGUAAGUGGGCAUGGUCUCCUAAUGGAGGAGUGUUCACUGUAUAAUAAGUUAUUCACCUGAGUAUGCAAUAAAGAUGUGGUGGCCACUCUUUCACGGUGGUGGCAGCAGUUACCAGUAGUGAGCAUUAGACACUGGGGGAGAGAAUGCGGGCUGCCCUGCGAGCUUCAUGUUGGAGCUGAAGUUCAAGGUUCACUUCCUUUGGGUUUGUACUUCACCCUUCUUCAUGUGUCUCUCCUGUUGCCUCUAAAACAAGUGUGUUUCCCCUCAUUUUUGAGGCUGUCAGUGGUGUGAGAGCCAGGAUCGUCAUGGGGCCUGAGGUUUUACUCCAGAAAGGCAGAGGAAUGGCAACCUUGGCUUGGGGUUUGGCAGCCCAGGAAAGGCAGGGAGGAGAGCUCAAAGCCGGUUUCAUGUUUCACCCAAGGUCUAAUUGUGGGAGAGGACAAAUCCAGAUCCCCUAUUUGACAGAAUUAGUUCACAAAUGUCUCUCGGCAAAGACAUGAUACCUAACCAUGAUAAUUGACUUAAUCCAAGAAACAGCUCUGUAGGGCAGAGCAAUAGGAAAUCUCUCUUUGGUUAUGAAAAAAAAAAUAAUCCCUCUACAUAGAAACUGAGUGACAUGUAAAAAUGUGUAGCUAAGUCAGGGAGUUACUUCCUAAGAGCCUGACACUCUGCUUUUCAUCAAAAGGAAAAACCGGAUUGAGGCAGAGGUGAGGGAGGUGGAGGUGAACGGAUGAUGUGCUGAGUUAGGGAUGUUUAUAUGCCACAAAGGUUUGGUUGGUAGGCUUCGCACUAAGAUUAGCCUAGCUUUGUACUGAAAAGGGGGAAGGACACAUAGUGACACAGAUCCUUCUGGUCUUUUCCAGGAGGUGUGACCUAAAUGAGGUUUGUUGUGAGAAGAAAGCAAUGUGUUUUCACAUAUAUUAUCUAUCAUAGGCUAGGGACUCAAGAAAUGCAUAUUCCCUCCCUCCCUCCCUUCCUUCCUUCCUUUCCUUCCUUCCUUACUCUUCUUUUCUUUUCUUUCUUUUCCUUUCUUUUCUUUCUUUUCUUUUCUUUUCUUUUCUUUCUUUUCUUUUCUUUUCUUUUCUUUUUUCUUUCUUUUUCUUUCUUUUUGAGAUACAGUCUCACUCUGUCGCCCAGGCUGGAGUGCAGUGGCAUGAUCUCAGCUUGCUGCAGCCUCUGCGUCCUGGGUUCAAGCGAUUUUCGUGCCUCAGCCUUCUGAGUAGCUGGGAUUACAGGCGUGCGCCACCACGCCUGGCUAAUUUUUGUAUUUUUAGUAGAGACGAGGUUUCACCAUGUUGACCAGGCUGGUCUUGAACUCCUGAUCUUAAGUGAUCCGCCCACCUCGGCCUCCCAAAGUGCUGGGAUUACAGGUGGGCAUCACCAUGCCCGGCCUCCUUUCCAUCUUUUCUUUCCUUCUCUGGUCUUCAUACUACCAACCAAGCAAGGGAGGGAGGAGUAAAAGGUAAAAUUACAAAAUACUCUGGAUCGGCAAUUUUUUUUUUUUUUUUUUUGAGACAGGGUCUAGCUGUAUGGCCCAGGCUGGAGUGCAGUGGCACAAUCAUAGCUCACUGCAGCCUCGACUUUCUGUGCUCGAGUGAUUCUCCUGCCUCAGUCUCCUGAGUAGCUGGGACCACAGACGUGCACCACCACACUCGGCUAAUUUUAUUUUUUCAGAGAUCACAUGUGGUUUGAGGGAGGAUAGGGAGGACAGGGUGUCAAGAACAGCAUUUUUACCAAGUUGGUAUAAAAAUGAAACAGGAUCCAGGCAUGGGCCUUUACACUGACAGUUACAGUAAGUUUUAAAAUCUGAGCAACAAUUUGAAUCACUUCUUGAAAAACAAACACACAAAAUAUAUUUUUUGUAGAGUUGGGGGUCUUGCUCUGUUGCCCAGGCUGGUCUUGAACUCAAGAUUCUCCUGCUUUGGCCUCAAGAUUCUCCUGCUUUGGUCUCCCACAAGUGUUGGGAUUACAGGCGUGAGCUACUGCAUCCGGCCUGCUUUCUUUUUAGGGAAAAGGAUCUGUGAGAGCAUUUAUCCCCAUGGCUGCCUUCCUCAGGUCAACCUCUUUCCCCGGAAAUGGCAACAUCUCUGGACUGUUGUUUCUCCUUCUUCCUUCUCCUCCUCCUCCUCCACCAUGCCCGGCUGAUUUUUGUAUUUUUUUUUUUUUUGAGACGGAGUCUUUCUCUGUCCCCCAGGCUAGAGUGCACUGGCACGAUCUCGGCUCACUGCAAGCUCCGCCUCCCGGGUUCACGCCAUUGUCCUGCCUCAGCCUCCCGAGUAGCUGGGAUUACAGGCGCCCGCCACCAUGCCCGGCUAAUUUUUUGUAUUUUUUUUAGUAGAGACAGGGUUUCACCGUGUUAGCCAGGAUGGUCUCGAUCUCCUGACCUCGUGAUCCGCCCGCCUCGGCCUCCCAAAGUGCUGGGAUUACAGGCUUGAGCCACCGCGCCCGGCCUGAUUUUUGUAUUUUUAGUAGAGACAGGGUUUCACUAUUUGGGCCAGGCUGAUCUCGAACUCCAAACCUUGUGAUCCACCUACCUUGGCCUCUGAAAGUCCUGGGAUUACAGUCAUGAACCACCGCGCCCGGCCCCAUUGUUUCCCUUCUAAGAAACGCAGUGGUCUCUGGAGUCUGCACGAGCAGGCCAGCCCUGCACUGAACGCCUGUUCUUGCCAGGUGGCAGAAGGUUGCUGCUCAUUUGAGCAGUACCUGUCACCCCUCCACCCCUGCUGCGGCUGUAACUCAUCUUCAGGUCUCACACCUUCCGCACAUAAAUAACCUCUUUUUAAAAAUUAUCAUUUUUUUACUCUUUUCUUUGGAGAGGGUACCAAAGGAUAGCUCUUCUGUUUAAGUAGGGACCUCUCAUGGCCUGCAGGCUUUGGCAUCUGAGAAUCAAACUGGAGAAGAUUCCGAAGCCAUUCUUUUAAGUGUCUCCAUCCCUACCUGGGCUGAAAUGGAAUGUGCAAAUGUAGCCCAGCCUGGUCCUUGGGUGUUGCCAGUUGAUUGAUGACUGGGAGCCAAAGUGGCAUCUCCUUUGACCUAAACGGGCGAUGAUGAAAUAAAACUCAGCAGCCUUUCUCUCAUCUUU